AUGGCGUAUUGUACCAACCUACGUUACCAUAACUACAAGAUGUUACUACAUUAUCCCGGGCAUACAUUCAAAUGGACGAUAUCGUAUUUGCUUUUAAUAAUAUUUGUGUUUAGUGCAGCAGAAGGAAUUCUUACUGAUAUUUCAAGAAAUGAAGUUACCAAUCCAUACUUGUAUAUUCCACAAAUGCUGUCACUGACCAGUGUAAUAAUUAGUUUGGUGUAUUACCAUCAUAUGGAGUACUGGGAUCGACCUCAUCUUGUCUGGUUGUUGUUACUUUACUGGAUCAUGGGUAUUAUUGGAGAAGUAUUAGCAAUAUUUAGAGUGACAGAUUCUCUAGGAUUCAGUAGCACAAUUAUACGUUUCGAUAUUGGUAUUAUCGUUAUUAUAUUAUAUACUUGCUGUGCAGCAGCUGAAAUCAAUAUAGUCCGUAAGAAGAUAUUCAGUAAACCAUCGCAUAGCAGAACAAUACCACGUGAUUUUCAGAAAAGAAACUUAUAUUUUAUACAAUCAUACACAAACAGCAUUUCAAGUUUAACUAUAUGGUGGCUUAGUUGGCUUGUAUCAUUGGCACGCAGACAAACACUUGAACUACAAAAUUUAGGUUGUUUACCCGAGACGUAUGAAGGCAAACAUAUACUACGCAUGUUUAAGAAGGCAUAUAGGCUUGAAAAGGAUAGUCAUUUUGUUACCGUUAAAGAGUUUUUCUCGAACGGGUUUAUUCUUGUGUUAGUGGCGGGUAUGUCUCUUGCGCUUAGAACCAUAGCAUGGUCGAGUUCAUAUGGUAUUUCUGCGGAUAUUGGUAUAAAACUGAGAACAUCUAUACAGAAUAUGGUUUAUGAAAAGACCUUACGAUUAUCCACGGCUUCCACUAAUGAUUCAUCUGCUGGACAAACGAUUAAUCACAUGUCUAUCGACGGUUCUGCAGUGCUAUGGUUUUUUCUAUUUAUUAACUGCAUAAUUUCCAACCCUAUCCAGGCAAUUGCUGUGUGUAUCUGGCUAUUCUGUUCAAUGGGGAUAGCAGGAGUUUUCGGAGUGCUUGUGGUUAUACUGGCCCUACCGAUCAUAAUGCGAUUAGGUGCCAUGCAAAGACAAUCUCAGAUGAUAAGUUUAUCUUAUUCCGAUAGUCGCAUGAGAAAGACAAAUGAGCUGCUACAGGGCAUUAAGUUUCUAAAACUGUCUGGAUGGGAGGAAUUGUUUGCUUCUGGUAUUACACGUGUAAGAAAUGAAGAGAUGAAGCACAAGUUGACAGUGGGAUAUUAUUUUCUCUUAUCAACUAUUAUAUCACAGUCUUUACCAUUCAUCGUGCCAUUUGUUAUAUUUGCUGUUUACUCACAACUCUACACAGCACCAUUAACUCCAGACGUGGUGUUUUCCGUACUUGCUGUCGCCAAUUUACUAUAUCAACCAUUAUAUUUAAUACCAACGUCAGCUAAGUACAUUGUGGAAGGACUAUCUAGUACCAAAAGACUACACCAUUUUUUAUCUCUGGAUGAAAUGAGUAAAUACACUGAUCAGGAAUUGUGUAAUAAUGCGGAAGAAGACGACAUUGACGAUGCCUUAGUAAAUUACGAACUACAAAAACAUUCAACAAAAGAUACAACUCCAUUACUACAUAACAAGAUAAACAACACACACUUGGUAUCGGAUUUGAAUAAACUGAAACAAUUUAGUGAAGUUGUUGAAAUUGAAAAAAGGAAAGGAGCAUCUGUUGAAAUUAAUAAUGGUUACUUCCGUUGGGAAAGUGACUCAGCUGAUACAGUAUUGAAGGACAUCAGUGUUAGAUUUCAUGCAGGAACACUAACAAUGAUAGUUGGUAAAGUUGGUUCUGGUAAAUCAUCUCUUCUUUUUGCAAUUCUUGGGGAAAUGAAUACAAUCUCAGGAACCGUGAACUAUUAUGGAAAGAAACACAAAGUAGCUUAUGUUGCCCAAAAGACAUGGCUUCAAUAUGCUACACUUCGAGACAAUAUUAUAUUUGGGGAAGAAUUCAAUAAGGAAAGGUAUACCACUGUUCUAGAGGUGUGCGCACUGAACUCUGACUUGCGUAUGCUGCCUGAUGGUGACUUGACAGAAAUAGGCGAAAACGGGAUAAUUUUGAGUGGAGGGCAGAAACAGCGGGUUGCUUUAGCGAGGGCUCUGUAUAGCAAAACAGAAAUAGUAAUUAUGGACGAUCCGUUAUCUGCGUUAGAUGCCCAUGUUGGUGCGCAUGUGAUGGAGAAAGCAAUAUUAGGAUUUCUUCGCGAACAGCAGCGUACAGUUAUACUUGUAACUCACCAUAUGCAACAUUUAGAACAUGCAGAUCAGGUUUUAGUCAUGGAGAGUGGUCAGAUAAUACAAAAGGGAAAUUUAUCCGAAAUACGAAAAAACAGCCCCUACUUAUAUAAACAAUGGCAACAAUUAUUUUCACUGAUUUCUGAAUCGGAAUGUGAAAGUGGAGAUGAUUCAGUAUCCAGGAAAUCACGCCGCAAACUACCAAACACCAUCCUAAUAAAUACCACAAGAAACAGCAAUGGUUCAAUUCUUGCUGUAGAAGGUAGAAAACGUGGGAGCGCAGCAUGGCCCAUUUUUCUUUCCUAUGCUAAGGUUAUGAGACUACCACGUGUAUGCGUACUUAUCAUGUGUUUUCUAAUGGAAGUAAGCGGAUUUGUCAUGAUCAAUUUGUGGUUAUCUGCUUGGUCACAGGCUACUCAAGAGAGUCUUGAUAACACUAUGGUCUCAAUUGGUGUGAUGUUCUUUAUGGUUAUCGGAGUUGUUUCUCUACUGGUCUCUAUUUAUGGAAAUCUUAAACCCAGUCACGUGGGGCUGGCCGUCACUACUGGUGCUUCAGUAGCACAACUGAUGUCUACUCUACUGAUUGCCAUGGUAGAUUUUCUCUCCCAUGUAAAUGGUGUUGAGCGUGUUUUGGAGUAUGCAAAUAUAGUAAUUGAGAAAGACCAAGGCAAAACUAUGCCACCCGCUGGAUGGCCAUCAAAAGGGUCCAUUAUAUUAUGCAAUAUCUCGGUGCGAUAUGCUGAUGGUUUGGAUCCCAUAUUACAUAAUGUUAAAGUCCGAUUUAAAGCUGGCCAAAAAAUUGGGAUUUGUGGACGGACGGGAAGCGGAAAAUCAUCACUCGCCCUGGCACUGUUAAGAAUCGUAGACAUCAUUGAAGGUGGAAUUACAAUCGAUGGAAUUGAUAUAUCUACUGUUCCAUUGUUGACCCUUCGCAAUAGGAUAUCUAUCAUCCCACAGGAUCCUGUUCUGUUUGUUGGGACCAUUCGGUUCAAUUUGGAUCCAGAAGGUGAAUGUAGCGACGCUGAAUUGUGGAAUGCACUCGAGAUUGCCCAAUUGAAAGAAUCUGUGCUUGAAAUGAACGGACAUUUAGGUAUUUGA